AUGAGCGCCGAUUCGUUGCCAGAUGCAGAUGUUACCGGGAUUGAUAUCUCGGAGGGCGAAGGACCCUCACCAUCGGAGAUUCCGAUACCCAAUUUUGGGUUCCAGGGAAUCGAGAUUGACAAUGUUCUACCUGAUCGACUUUCUACAGGACAGGACAUUCCGAUGGUAAAUUCUUCUUCCUCUCAGUCUAGGGAGGACACUUCAGAAGUCAGGUCAGACAUCGAUCAAUCGAUUGCUCCCCCAGUGGAGAAACCUCAGCUCCCUUCACAACGAGUUGCUCGCGCGAAGAAUGCUGCUAAGGUUCCCAAGGGAUCCGUGGGACAGGCUUUGCAGCAGAGGAGGGAACAGAUGUUGGGAGCAAUCGAAGUCUGUAAGCCUCUAGAGGACAACAUUGUGUCGGCUGCCGAGUCUUCUGCUUCUGACGUGGAUAUACAGGUUCAACAGGACCUGGCGGAUCGUGCGGUUCUAAUGGCGACCUCUCGCAGCCCUUCGGCACUAGGAGUGAUCAAGCCUGUGUCGCCAGCCUCAACAACAUCGGCGACAGCACCUCCCCCUCCUCCACCACCUCCUCCGCCAGUGUCUUCUGCAGGAAUCGAGUGUACACCAAUGCAACCUCCGCAGUAUGCAGGUGAUCCACUACUCACGACUAGUGGACAGGACGUGCACUCUGAGUUGGUUCUGUCGAGGACAGUGGGUGGAGCAGUCAGUGUCAAGCUCAAGAGCUGGCAAGGUCGUCUUAUCAUGCAGGCAGCUCCUGAGGACCAGAUUCAAGGCAACAUCAAGAUUGUAACAGAUCUUUGCAAUGAGUCAGGCAUUCAGCUCCUGCCUCUUUUCGAGCUUCGGUGCUUUGCAACACUGAUGUGCCAAUAUACAGGAGAUACAUCUCGCAUGUUCUGUCGAGUGAAAUGCCAUGAGUCCAAGGCACAUGUUUACUGGAGCUUUGAUCUGACUGAUCGCUUUGUACCACAUGAUGAUUUAUCUGCCGAACUGCGAAAUUUAUAUUAUUUUGCUCAUGGCUCGGAUAUGGCAGGUGUGCAGGGCAUAAUCCAAUCUCGGUUUUUGGCACCAGCCACAUUGGCGGACGGCCCGGAGGCUGUAGGCCACUAUUCGCAAGCAACUCCGUGGAGUGAUGACAUGUCUUUUGUGCAGAUUCUUGAUAGGGUUACGAACUCUGCCAAAUGGGCUUGUCCCAUUAUCACGCAUGGGUUUGCAAGUGUUCCUGGUCAGCAUUUCGUUCUGAAGUCGGGUGGUGGAGAAGACGCCCAGCAACAGUGCCUCAUACAUGGGGUCGUUCACUUCAAACGGGACCAUAAGUAUGUGAUCCACAGCGGAAGGAGCACAGUGGCAGGUUUCACAGUGGCAGUUGCCAAACAGUUCACUCCUUUGAGGGAUGCUUUCGGUCGCCCGCUUUUUCAGGUUCCUCUGACACAUGCUCAGCAGAUCCAGCGCGGUAUGGAGAUUUUCGAGGUACCAUUGCAUCGAGUGGUUUCGGGGGGCACCUCCAAUUGGGCUUUGCGACAGGUUGCUCAUGGUCGCUGUGUACAUUGGGAGAACUUUCGGUCGAAGCAGGAAGGGGUGUUCGCGGGGGUGCUAAUGAGAGCACUUCGAUCGGAGCAAGCAGAGCAAGAAGGCACUGAUUUUGUUACCAUUCUGAAUGCUACUCAGAAGAAGUUGCAUCCAGAUGCGGAGCUUCAUGAUUGGUCAGCUCGCUACAAGACCAUCCAGAAGCUGGCUGAGGACUUGGUGAAGGACUUUCGUAAGCAUGCACCAGUUCAGACAAAUCAGACCUUGCUGCAGCGACUUCAUGCUCUUGAGACUGAGAAUGCACCAAGGAGCCCCAUCCCCGACUUCGAAGAAGAGGACCUUGAAGCUGUUGGUGAUGGUGAAGCAACCGCCGACUUCAGAUCGCCGGCUCACGUCUUCUCCGAAGAGGAAGAAGAAGAGAACAAGGACCAGGGUCCGAUCGAUGCUCAGGACACCUUUUCGCAGUAUCUCCCGAAUCGUGACAGCACACUUUACCUUGAGAACUGCAGCUUGGAGGGUCACAACAUCAAGAGUGUCAACAACUGGCUGGCAUCUACUGCUAUUGGGAAAGGCAAGAACAAAGUGAUUGACACCGCAGUUUCCGAGUUCGUUGCUGCAUGUGCUAAACUUGAUGAUGGUAGCAGGAAGCCAGUUGACAAAAUCGCAGUGGAAUGGGGUCUCUCAGUUUCCUUAGCUUCUAAGUUGAAUGAGAAGUGCCUCACUCGCUUGAUCGCGGGAGCUCACUUGCUGGCCAACCAGUUUUCUGCAGACAUUUUCGUUCGCAUCCGUGAUCUUCUGGUGCAGUUUCGUGACCGUGUUCAACUUCAGGUCUUUUCUUCGAUCAUGGCAACCAGGCAAGCCGAUGAAUUGCAGAUGCACGAGAUACUCGACCUCAUCGGCGACAGGUGCAGCGAUGGUGUGAAAGGUGGAGAUUACCUCCUCGUGUUCGUUCAGGACUGCGGCAAUGGGUUGAACAUCAAUGUCAUUUACAUGAACAGACUGUUUGUCAUGAUAAGUCCUCGGUUCAUACAGCAGUUCAUCGAGAUCUUCGACAAAUGCGAGGACUUGUUUUCACUCCGGCUGAUCAUUUCCCUUCCUCUCUACUUGUUGCCUGUCCUUUUGCUUUUCACUCGCUAUUGGAACCAGGCGAUGAUCGUUCAUUUGGUGUGCAGCAGUGUGGACAAUAUCGAUGCAGUCAAGAAACUUCUCACUUAUAGGAUCAAAGAGAUGACAGGUAUGGUGACUUGA